AUGGCCACCUGCUGGCAGGGCCUGUGGGCCUAUCGCAUGUACCUGUUUGUGUUCCUUCUGCCCGUUCUCCUGCUACCUCUGCCCCUCCUCGUUCCCAGAAAGGAAGCCUACUGUGCCUAUGUCAUCAUCCUCAUGGCACUCUACUGGUGCUUCGAGGCUUUGCCCCUGGCCGUCACUGCCUUGCUGCCCCUCGUCCUCUUCCCCAUGAUGGGCAUCAUGGAAUCCUCUGAGGUUGGCUAUGAGUACCUUAAGGACAGCAAUGUCCUGUUCAUCGGAAGCCUGCUGGUGGCCAUCGCUGUGGAGCACUGGAACCUGCACAAACGCAUUGCCCUGCGAGUACUCCUCUUAACUGGGGUGCGACCUGCCCUGCUGAUCCUGGGCUUCAUGGUGGUCACAGCCUUCCUGUCCAUGUGGAUCAGCAACACGGCCACCACGGCCAUGAUGAUACCCAUCAUGCAUGCUGUCCUGCAGCAGCUGCACAGCCACAACAGUGAUGUGGAGGAGGGCAACGACAAUCCCACCUUCGAGCUCCAGGAACCGAGGCCCCAGAAGGAGACCAAGCUGGAUGAGAAAGAUGAUGGGCAGAUCCAGCCCCUCCCACCUGUUGGCUCAGAGUCACAGGAUCACAGGACCCAGGAGCAGAUCCACUUCACUCAGGGCAUGAGCCUGUGUGUGUGCUUCUCAGCCAGCAUUGGGGGCAUCGCCACACUGACUGGCACCUCGCCCAACCUGGUGCUGCAAGGCCAGAUGAGCUCGCUCUUCCCCCAAAACCCCAGUGUGGUAAACUUCGCUUCCUGGUUCGCCUUUGCCUUCCCCAUCAUGAUCAUCUUGCUGGUGCUGGCGUGGCUGUGGCUGCAGAUCCUCUUCCUGGGUAUCAACUUCCGGAAAAAUUUUGGCAUCGGGGAGCAGGAGGAGCAGCGCAAGCAAGCAGCCUUUCAUGUCAUCAAGACAGAGUACAAGCUGCUGGGUCCCAUGAGCUUCGCGGAAAAGACUGUCUGUGCCUUCUUCCUUGCGCUGGUGGUGCUAUGGUUCACCCGGGAGCCAGGCUUUUUCCGUGGCUGGGGCGACGUGGCUUUCUCUGAUGCCAACGGGACUGUCACUGUGUCGGACGGAUCAGUGGCCAUCUUAAUUGGCAUACUUCUGUUCAUGGUGCCCUCCAAGAUCCCAGGGCUGACCCAGGAUCCCGAAAACCCAGGGAGGCUGGUGGCUCCAACUGCCCUCCUCACCUGGAAGAUGGUGAACCAGAAGAUGCCCUGGAACAUUGUACUUUUGCUGGGUGGCGGCUUCGCUCUGGCCAAGGGCAGUGAGGAAUCGGGCCUGUCAGCGUGGCUGGGGGACAAACUGACACCACUACAGAAUGUGCCAGCUCCCGCCAUUGCCUUUAUCAUCAGCCUCCUGGUUGCCGUCUUCACUGAGUGCACCAGCAACGUGGCCACCACCACACUCUUCCUGCCCAUCCUGGCCUCCAUGGCUCAGGCCAUCUGCUUGCACCCACUCUACGUCAUGCUGCCCUGCACCCUGGCCUCCUCCCUGGCAUUCAUGCUGCCCGUAGCCACCCCACCCAAUGCCAUUGUCUUCUCCUAUGGGGGCCUCAAAGUCUAUGACAUGGCGCGGGCAGGAAUCGUGCUCAACAUCCUCGGGGUACUGGUCAUCGCGCUGGCCAUCAACAGCUGGAGCAUCCCAAUGUUCAAUCUGCACACCUUCCCGUCCUGGGCGCACACCAACAGCACUCACCAUUGUCUGUCCACCUCCACCCCCACCCCACCUAGCCCGUAG